AGCAGCUGAGUGGCGGGAACUGCCGCACGAGAAUACGGCGGCGCGAGCGGGCAGGCGGCGAGGACGUGGCUCCUCCUUCGCGCCCUUUCCAGAGGGAGGAGGAGAGACUGGCGGCUACUGGUACAGCCUGCGAGAGGCAGGUCCGCUCAGAGAGUCGGCCGCUCGUCGAGCAGGAGCAACUUUUCCCCGUCUCUCUCUCUCCCUCACAGCUCGACGCUCGAACAUGGCGCGGUUCCGCCGCUGCGCCUCACGUCGUUCCGCUUCGCCGCCGCGCUCGUCCCCGCAGGUGCUCGUCCUCGCGCUUUCCGCCUGCGCGCUGCUGCCGUGGGGCGCCCAAGCGGGACUUUACACGCAGUCCGACCAGGUCGUGCUGUUGACCACGAGCACCGUGGACUCGGUGCUCUUCAACUCGUCCGUGGCGGUCGUGGUCGAGUUCUACGCGUCGUGGUGCGGACACUGCGUGAGCUUCGCGCCGCUGUGGAAGAGCCUGGCCCGGGACACGAGAGAGUGGAAGCCUGCAGUGGAUUUGGCAGUCAUCGAUUGUGCGGACAGUGAAAACUGGGAAGUGUGCACCCGUUUCGGCGUCAGGGGGUACCCCACUCUGAAGUUCUUCCAUGCUUACUCUAGCAAAGAGUCCACUGGAGUCCUCUUUCAAGUGCCCAUGCGCAAUUUGACAACCUUGCGACGCCACAUAAUCAAUAUGGUAGAGACGUACAAGGACUCGUGGCCCCCGGCCUGCCCUCCCUUAGAGCCUGCCAGCCAAGUAGAGAUUGACAAGUUCUUUGAAACAAACAGCGUGGAACACUUGGCACUGGUGUUCGAGAAGGCUGACUCCUAUGUUGGCAGGGAGGUCAUCCUUGAUUUGCUUCAGUUUGAGAACAUUGCAGUUCGGCGGGUACUGGACACAGAGGAGGGUCUCGUUUCCAGAUUUGGGGUGACAGAUUUCCCAUCCUGCUACCUGUACUAUCCAGAUGGGCACUUCACUCGACUCAGAUUGCAAAUGGAAGGCCGUACCUUCUUCUCCUAUGCCCUUCAGAGGCUGCCAGGUGUGGUGCGUUCUGGCAAGCCACCACCCUUGGCCUCUGACAUCAGUCCUAACAACACCGAGAUGCAGUGGAAGCAGUUUAAUAGGACUCGCGUGUACAUGGCAGAUCUAGAGUCAGCCUUGCACUACUCACUGCGCCUGGAGCUAGCUGCCCAUCCUACCAUCAGCGGUGGGGCGCUGACUGCACUGAAGCGCUACAUCUCCAUUCUGGCCAAGCAUUUCCCUGGUCGACGUGUGGUGAGGAACCUGCUGCAGGCUGCGGACACAUGGCUGCAGAGCCAAGAGGACCCGGAGAUCUCAUACAAGUCUCUGCUAGCGGUGCUGGACAACAAGGCAGGGACACCAGAAGCGGUCCUCCCCAAAGGCCUUCAAUGGGUGGGCUGCCAGGGCUCCAAGCCACACUUCAGGCGGUACCCUUGCUCCAUGUGGACCCUGUUCCAUGUGAUCACCGUGGAGGCCUUGAACAGCUCCAUCUCAGAUGCCCAGGACAUUUUGCAGGCCUUCAGGGGUUAUGUUUACUACUACUUUGGCUGCCGCGAGUGCGCAGCCCAUUUUGAGCACAUGGCAAAGGAGAGCAUGAACCUGGUGAAGAAGCUGUCUGAUGCCAUUCUGUGGCUCUGGUCCCGACACAACCGUGUCAACAACCGGCUGGCAGGUGCUCUGAGCGAGGACCCCCACUUCCCCAAGGUUCAGUGGCCUCCCCCGGAGCUGUGUCCUAAAUGUCACAGCUUGGAAUUGGGGGAUCAUGCAUGGAACUACAGAGAGGUGCUGAGCUUCCUGCAGGAGUACUACUCUGCCAACCGCAUCCUUCUCGACUACCUGGAGCCGGAGACCGAGCUGCUGAGGCGGCAGCGGGGGCACCAGGUUAUCCCGAAGGAGAACGAAGAGGUGACGGGGGACCACACAGCCCGGGCAGCCAGGGAUGUUCAUGAGGAUCUUGAGGAGGGCCAGGUACAGGAGGAGCCACCACAGGAGGACCAGGAGGAGCACCCAGGAAUGGAGGACAACCAGGAGCUGGACGCAGACCAGUUUGCAGAUCCCGGAGAGGGAGGAAACGACGUGACCCCGGAUCUACCGCCCUGGAAAAAGGCAGCGCCUGAGGAGGCGGCAGCGCGUAGGCCCAGCAUCGUGGGGCUGCGGCCCAGGGAGCCACGGGAGGAUAUCGUGGACCUGGAUUCCUUUGUCAACCAGCACUACAAGGCCAAGGCACUCCGUGCUGCUUUGAUAUCCCAACGUGCGCGGAAGGCUCUCCCCAGGCAGCACGAGGGGGGAGAACUCCAGGACGUGGGCCUGCAGCCCAUGGAGCCCGACCAGUUUAGCUGGGGGGAGAAGCAGAGGCUUCAGAAGCGAGCGCUAACGGGGAAGUACACGGGGCUCGAGGAAGAAGAGGAACUUGACGUGCGCUCUCAGUCCAUUCGGGGUCCUUGGAUGUCUGUGCUGAGUCUGGGCUUCUCGCGCCUGGAUGUCAGCCUGUGCAUGCUGCUCUACAUGCUGUCCUCCCUCUGCCUUCUGGCCAUGUACCACUACUUCCAGUUGCGCGUGCGGCACCGCCGUGGAAAGGUAGCGCUGCCUUGAGCUCGAGUCGCUGGUGGCCGUCAAGUUUUUGGUGUCCGUCCCCCCCCAACAGGGUCAGUCUCGGCACCGAGAGAUGACCUCAAGCUGUGGUGCACAUUUGUGGCCCACUUUUCUUUUAUUUGGAUAAAUGGUCAAGGGGCUUUCAAAUAUACUUUUGACCACUUCAGCACAAGUUGUAUACACCAAAAUGAAGAAAUCUCGAAAAAGAUGAAGGAAUUUCCACUUAAUUUAUGAGACUUUAUUUUGAUAUGCAAAUCAAGUGUGGGACAUUUAAUUUGGUACAUUUACUGUGACUUAAUAGUUGUCUGCUAUUGCCUUUUAAUAUAUACAUUCACACAUACUCUUCUACUCUAUUUACAAGACUGAAAAGUGAAUUUUAAUGUCCACUUUGUGCCUUGUGUUUAUUUACCCAGCAAGGAUUCUCCAUUAAAAUAUCUGUUGAUCAAGAAUUGGUGCAAUCUACAUCAUGUUCAAGUAUUCAACUGCUUCCAUUUCAUUCUUGUACAUUAAUUGCAGCUGACAAGUUACUAUCAAGUUUUCACUGCAAAACAUUGUGGAGACCGGUGUGCCAUAAUGCAGGAAAUCUGUCAAAGCUUUCUAGUUGUAAUUUUAAUUGCUCUUUCUUGGCACUUGAGUAACCCAAUAAAAAUAUAUUUUUUUUAAAGACCUCAUUUGAUGUUUCUCUGAGGGGAUAGUUUUGUGUAAGUAGGAAGAAUGACAGGUUCUGCACUAAUACACACAUAACUUGCAGGGUAAGUGAGGGGCUAGAAUGUGUGUAGGAAAGGUCUGGGUUUGUUCCCUCCAAGUUUGUACUCUUUACUGCUGUGACUCUUAAUGCUGUAGGAGUUGCCUAAGCUCCAGCAGGCCUCUUCUAUACAUUGUUGGGACUGUCACAACGGUCGGGUACAGGUGUGAUAAUGCAGCAGUAGUGCUGCUCUAUGAAACUCAUCCAGUUUUUAAUUUUCCUAAUCUGUUAACAUGUCUUAGAGAACAUGUUUAUAGGGGACUGUUUUGGGAAGAGUUGGUGUGGGAGGCUGAAGAACAAGCCUGUUGCCAUCUGGUCUACUGGAGUAACUAAAUCCUAACAAUUUCAUACGGAUUAUAGCAAGUGAGUAAUCCAGCUUUCCUUUGGGCUGUGGGAGCUUAGUACGAGGAUUAGCCUCUACCCGAUAAUAAACUUUAUUAAAACACAAUCGGCU